UCCAUGAUUACGGUGGACCGACCAAGGUGGCUGUUCAAGUGUUGAUACUCAAAAGCUAUCCGUGUGCUUAAUAUUUCAGUCACUAGUCUGACCAGUUAGCAGUGACGGUGACAUCCCAACUCCGACGUGGACAGCUGAUUUGUCAACUCCCAACCACCAGAAUUCCAUCCGCUUCUGCCGUCGAACACCCCUGAAUGCUGCGUUUCGUCAAAUUAAGCAUCGCUUGCUUCGGGACAAAGCACUCCUACACAAUUAUGUACUUGCUGCUCGUGGCGGAAGUAUAAUAUUACUAGUAUUAAGCAUACGAUAUUAGCGUAUGAUAAUAUUUUUAUAGUGCAUAUUUCAAUAUGAACACAUACCGAUGUAUAUAGACAUAGUUUAGAGUGUAGAUUCACUCAUUUUGCUCCGUAUGUAGUCCAUAUUGAAAUCUCUAAAAAGAUUUAUAUUUAAGAAUGGAGGGAGUAGAUAAGUUUGACGCUCGAUCUGUGUCUUGCAGAUGUGGAUUUUGUUUUUCUUGGGCGGUGACUAGUAAUCUUAAGAAUAAAUAGCUCGAGUUAUUAAUAUGCUCGUGUUCCGUGUGCCUAUAUGUCUAUGUCUAUUGUACAUGUACUUUUUGAAGAAUUUUCUUUUAGCUAUCUAGUAGUCAGCAAUGAUGGUGGCAUCCCAACUCCGACAUGGACAGCUGAAAUGUUAACCUGGGCACGCGUGACCCCGGGGCUAAACACUUCUAGAAGUCCGAGAUUUUACAUUAUUCAAUCAUCUGGUUCCGUGAUUGAACACUCAUGUAUACGCGCUCGUGGACGCAGUUUCUUUUCUCCUUGUAGACCAAGGUUGGAUGCAAGUACUUCAUCCCAUUUAGCACCAUCAAAGUAAAGAAAGCUGGUACAAACUUAGUACUAAGAUUUGGCUCGAUCAACUGAUGGAUUCGCUGGCUCUGGCCUGCUGCACCGCAGCCCUAAUCAUUCUAUUCCUGCCUUUUAGUGCUUCCGUCGACCGGCUUGUCCCUGGCAAGCCGCUGUCUCCUGGCAACACCAUCGUCUCCGACGGCGGCGUAUUCGCCUUGGGCUUCUUCAACCCCGCCAACUCCACACCAGCCAAGUUGUACCUUGGCAUAUGGUACAAUGAUAUCCCCGAGCUCACAGUUGUGUGGGUUGCCAACCGUGAAACCCCAAUCACCAACGACACCUCCUCUGCGCCGAUGCUAUCCCUCACCAACACUUCCAAUCUCAUUCUCUCCUACGGUAAUAGCAGCGGCCGUGUCCUUUGGACAACAGCCAACAUGACCACUGCCAUGGGGUUGUCUGCCCAGACGGCGGUGCUUCUGAACACUGGAAACCUCGUCAUCCGGUCGUCAAAUGGCACCAUGUUGUGGCAAAGCUUCGACCACCGCACCGACACGCUCCUCCCUGGGAUGAAGCUCUGGAUCAAAUAUAGGACACGCCACACUGGCGAGCGUCUAGUAUCCUGGAAGGGCCCUGGCGAUCCCUCCCCAGGGCGCUUCUCCUACGGUAGCGACCCGGACACGCCUCUCCAAACAUUCAUGUGGGAUGGGCAGAGCUUGGUGUUCCGCGACACCCCAUGGACAGGGUACCAAGUGAAGAGCGCAAUCCAACGACGUGAAGCAGGGACCAAUGUCAGUGAUCUUAUCAUGUACCUAGCCUUCGUGGAAAAUGGCGAUGAGAUUUAUGCCACAUAUAGCCUCUCGGACGGCGCUCCACUCACAAGGUCAGUGAUUACCUACUCAGGCGAGUACCAGCUCCAGAGCUGGAGCAGCAGAUCGUCAAUGUGGGAUGUCCUUUGGAAGUGGCCAUCUGCUGAUUGUAACCGCUAUGGUUACUGUGGUCCAUAUGGCUAUUGCGAUGAGACAUCAGCACCAAUCCCAUCCUGUAAGUGCCUAGAUGGCUUCGAACCAAGAAACAUGGAGGAGUGGACCAGUGGCAGGUUCUUGGCGGGGUGUCAGAGGAAGGAGCAGCUGCACAGUUGCGGCGGUAGCUUCUUGGCCUUGCCAGGGAUGAAGUCACCUGACAAAAUUGAGCUCGUUGGACGGGGCAGAAGUACGUUUGAGGAGUGCGCCGCGGAGUGCAACCACAACUGCUCUUGUAAGGGUUACGUGUAUCGUAAUGUUAGUAGUGAUGGAGAUGUGACGAUGUGCUUGGUGUGGUCUGGGGAAUUGAUUGACACCGGGAAGGUAGGGGUAGAGCUUGGCGGCGAGACACUCUAUCUCCGACUUGCAGGCUUGGAUGCAGGAGGAGGUAAAAGGAGAAAGAUUAAUGCAGGCAAGAUUGUGCUACCAAUUUUAGGCGGUGGUGUUCUAGUACUUAUAUGCAUCUCUCUUGCAUGGUUAAAAUGCAAAGGCAAGAGCAAAAAAUGGAGAAAGCACAGGAAUAUAAGAUUAGAUGGUAUGCGUACGUCUGAUGAGCUUGGAGAAGAAAACCCUCCUCGUGAUCAGGAAUUUACAUUUAUAAGAUUAGAAGAAAUUUCCCUCGCAACCCACAAUUUCUCUGAAGCAUACAUGAUUGGACAAGGAGGCUUUGGAAAAGUUUACAAGGGACUGUUAGGUGGAAAAGAAGUUGCAAUCAAAAGGCUAAGUAGAGAUUCUCAACAAGGAACAAAAGAAUUCAGGAAUGAAGUAAUUCUAAUUGCAAAAUUGCAACAUAGAAACUUGGUUCGACUUCUUGGAUGUUGUGGUGACGGAGAUGAAAAGCUCUUGAUAUAUGAGUAUCUUCCUAACAAGAGCUUAGAUGCUAUCCUUUUUGAUGACUCAAGAAAGCUCUCGUUGAAUUGGGUGACACGAUUUAGUAUAAUCAAAGGGGUUGCAAGGGGGCUUCUAUAUCUUCACGAAGACUCAAGGUUCACCAUAAUACAUAGGGACCUCAAACCUGGAAAUAUUUUGCUGGAUGCAGAAAUGAAACCCAAGAUAGCAGAUUUUGGUAUGGCGAGGAUCUUUGGUGAUCACCAGCAAGAUGCAAAUACGCAACGCGUAGUUGGAACAUAUGGCUACAUGGCUCCUGAGUAUGCAAUGGAAGGCACCUUCUCUACCAAGUCUGACGUCUAUAGCUUUGGUGUGUUGCUACUAGAGGUUGUAACUGGUAUAAGGAUGAAUUCUAAUAGUGAAACCAUGGGCUUCCCUAGCCUCACAGUCUAUGCAUGGAAUAUGUGGAAGGAAGAGAAGACUGAGGAACUACCAGACUCAUCUAUCAUAGAUAUUUCGACAGAAGAAGUUCUGCUUUGUGUCAAGAUAGGACUCUUGUGUAUCCAGGAGAACCCAGAUGAUAGACCUCUCAUGUCAUCUGUUGUGUUCGUCCUAGAGAAUGGAAGCACCACACUUGCAGCCCCAGCCGCCCCGCCUACUUUGCGCGACGAGUAUCGUUAA